AUGAUUGUGCUUCAACGAGGAGAGCAAAGGACAGUCGUUGCCCUAUUUCUUUUUCUCCUUUUCAUAUAUCCGAACAAUGCAUAUGGGUUAGUACCAUGGCUUGAUAACGACCCAUUCGUAGAAAUGGAACCAUUCACUACGAGCAAUGAUAAAGGACAAACAUUCCAAGAUAUAACAGAACUGCCUCCGAUAUUACCUCCAUGGGAAAUCAAUGAUGAUAAUAGAAGCCUAAAGGAAGAUGAGCCAAUACCGCAAUAUAUUAUUGACAAUUGUCCUCUAAUACAUCUAUAUAGCGAAGAACGUUAUUGGCCAUCCGAUAUAAAAGAUUAUGUGACACAUUUCCAUUUGGAAGAUGACUCUAGGACGACAUUUCUCAAGAAUUUAACCUUAGCCAAUUUACCUAGACAAUGGCCCAAAAAUGAGUCUGUAACGUUACAACCGAAUUCUUCCUCCUUUAUGACAAGUAACACUGAUUUUGCUAAGGAUCCGAAAUGGGUACUUGGUGAACAACCUGAAUAUGGGACUGGGUUAAUUAAAUCAGCACCCGCUGUGCUUAUAAUUGUGGAUAAGGGUAACGGAUGGGUUGAUGCGUAUUGGUUUUAUUUUUAUCCCUUCAAUUGGGGGCCAUACAUUAUGGGAUAUGGUCCCUGGGGGAACCAUAUGGGUGAUUGGGAGCAUUCACUGGUGAGGUUUUACAAAGGUGAACCGAAGUUUCUAUGGAUGAGUGCUCACGGUGGUGGUAGUGCAUAUCAAUUUACAGCCAUUGAGAAAGUUAAGAAAUUGAAGAGAGUUGAUGGGAAAUUGACUAAUGAAGUCAUUAAGAGACCCUUACUGUUUAGUGCAAGAGGUACGCAUGCGAAUUAUGCAUCUGUCGGGCAACAUUCUCAUGAUGUGCCCUUUUUCUUUAUGCCCUUGAGUGAUUUUACAGAUAGAGGACCCAUGUGGGAUCCUGCUUUAAACUUCUAUGGAUAUGUAUAUAAUGGGACACAUGCCAUGGCUAAGAAUAAGAAAUCUAUGGAAGUGGGUACUGAUUGGUUAUUUUUCGAUGGGAAAUGGGGGGAUAGACAGUUACCAGCUAGAGAUCCAAGACAGAAAUGGUGUCCAGCACAAUGGAAAUAUAUUGAUGGGCCCACAGGUCCUUUAUUUAAGCAUCUGGAUAGAAUAUCGUUGUGUCCAUCAUUCAAGUGGUGGAAUUUCUGGAAGGGUUGCCCCGCAAGACGAUUAAUCAAGAAGGGAGAAGGAUUAGAUGCAGAGAAGAACGAUCUGAUGGGUGAUAAUUGUGGGGUAUUGCUUUAUUGGGUACGGCCCAAAUGGCUACGGGGGCUUCUCAGGUUCUUAACCUGGAGGGGGACCCUUUGCUUCGUCAUGGAUUAUUUUACGGGUUAA